AUGCAUUUCUUAAAUGAGAAACUUGAUAUUCUUGACCAGAUCGCUGCCAUCACUCGACAGAAGAUAAUGCAGGAGCGUGAUAUGAUUGUACGGUAUGCAGAUGAAGAACGUGAUCGAUCGUUUAUGCAAUUGGAUCGAAUGAUCGACGUAGAAAAACAACAAGUGCGUUAUAAAAGUCAAGAAUUGAAUGCAAUCCCGGUGUAUAUUCGAGAAUUAAAAGCUGAACUUCAAUAUUUAAUUACCGAAAAAAACGAUUUAAUCAAUGUUAGUAGUACAGCAACGUGGCUCACAGCGGAAAUUUGUUUAAGAUGA